GUUGAUUUCAUUCAACACCCAAAACGUGUUGGUGGCUGGGAGCGCGCGUGUGUGCCUUAAGUCUUUCGUUUUUCUCUUAUAUAGGCUUGCCUUUAUAAAAGGAAAACUGUAAAAUGUAUCGAACUUUCCUUUUGUUGACUUCCAUUGUUAACACCCAAUAACUCAAACUGAAUUGAACAAGCAAAGAACAGGAAACGUUUUUUUAGUGUGAAAUAUCACCUUGACAACGAACAUAAACUUUAAAUUGUUUGAUCGUUCACUACAGCCAUCUACCGAGAAAAUAAUGGAUUUUUUCCCAAACGACCUUCAAAGACCAAUGUAAGAAUUUGUAUAUAUGCAGUUUUUUUCUAAGCUUUAUAUCAGUAGAGGAAAUCCAAAAUAAUGAAGUCCUUCCUGAGCACAGUUUCACUUUUUAUUGUCAUUUUGGUCUUGACAAAUGCCGCCGAAGUAAGGAAGUGCCCGAAGUCGGAUGCACGAAAAUUGAAUCCGGACGAAGUGACCAUGCCCCAGUGUCCUAAAGAUACAUGCACACUCAAACGCAAUACAAUUGCUUCCAUUGCCAUAAAAAUUACACCAGAUCGUGACUUCACCGAACUCACUUCUGAUAUAAAGAGCAUUAUUUUGGAUAUACCGCUUCCAUUCCCUGGCUACUAUGGCACCAGCGCCUGCCCAUAUAUCUAUGAUGCAGAAGGCAAAGAGAAGGUGGGCUGUCCAUUGAAAGCCGGCGAAACUUACACCUACAAGAAUAGCUUCAAGAUUCUACCAAUUUAUCCACCCGUUAACUUGGUGAUACACUGGGGUAUGGGUGAUAAAAAUGGUGACGCUGUGUGCUUCGAAAUACCGGCCAAGAUACAAACGUAAAUGUGACAAUGGAGAAUGGAAUUGAAUUGAUAAUAUUACUUGCACUUUAUAAUAUUUCCUAAAAUGUUUUUUUGUGAUAAAUUUUUACUAAUACAAUGCAAUAACUAAA